AUGAGACUAUCCCCUUUUGUGACUUACGCUGUCAUCUGCUGCAUGUCAGUUAACCUUCUGUCGGUCAUUGUCGAAGAGCAUUUUCCUUUUGACUUUCCAACUCAUCAAGGUUUAGGUGCUGCAUUGAAGAGAAAAACGUACGAUUAUGUUAUCGUUGGAGCCGGUACGGCUGGUAUGACCAUAGCCGCCCGUCUUGCCGAAGAUCCAAAUGUUCGUGUGGCAGUUGUUGAAGCAGGAAUAGACUAUGAUCUAUCGGCAGUGAAUAAACUAUUGGUUGACACUCCGGCAUCCGAUACUGUAGGAUGUGGUAGCAAGCCGGAGGACAACAUGACCGAUGCCAUCGAUUGGCGUUUUACCACCGAACCACAAUUAGGGGCCAACAGUCGCACAGUUAGGUACGCUCGGGGAAAAACUAUUGGAGGCAGUUCGGCACGCAACUUUAUGAUUUAUCAACGCGCAUCCAAAGGCUCCAUAGACAAAUGGGCUGAACUAACUGGGGAUCCCGACUGGACCUUCGAAAAACGGUAUUCUGAUUAUCAAAAGAGUGUGUCAUUCACUGCUCCUAAGCAUGAUUUGCGACAGGAGUUACCAGCAGCUCAAUAUGAUCGCCUGGCUUUCACCCAAUCUUACGGUCCUGUUCAAGUCUCUUACCCCAACAUGCCCCAGCCCUUUUCCAAGUACAUGCAACUCAGUCUCAAUGAGAAAGGCAUUCCUACAAUCCAGGACUUCAACGGAGGAAAUUUGAGUGGAGUGCAAUAUGCUUCAACAACAAUCGAUCCCAAAAACAGUCAUCGGUCCUCCUCGCGUGCCUUCUUUGAUGCUGCACGUUUGCGACGGAAUCUGGUAGUGCACACUUCAGCCAUGGUCCAAAGGAUUUCUUUUGACGAAUCCACGCCACCUCGAGCGCAAGGAGUUGAAUUCACAAAUACUUUGAAUGGUUCAGCGGAUAAGCUGUUUGCAAAGAAGGAAGUGAUUGUUUCGGCCGGCACCUUCCAGUCUCCACAACUACUUAUGGUCUCUGGGAUUGGGCCUGCGGAUCAGCUUACAGCUAACAAAAUUCGAAUACGCGUUGCAAAUCCGAAUGUUGGACAGGGAAUGCAAGAUCAUAUAUUUUUUGGACCUACCUAUCCAGUUCAUUCAAUUCAGACACUGACUCGCAUCGCGGCAAACCCCGACUACGCUACCUCUCAAUACUUGAAUUUUACUCGACGAAAAUUAGGACCUUUGACGAAUAACGCCGCCGAUAUGAUUGCUUUUGAAAGAUUCAAUAGUUCAAAGCUGAAGCAGCUACGCGCAAGUUCACUUUCUUCCUACCCAUCUGAUUGGCCUCACGUCGAAUACUUGAGUGCAGCCGGGCUUGUGGGCGACUUCUCGGAUCUUCAUAUGCUGAACUUGUUAGCUGGCACGGAUACCGGAAAGGAGUUUGUGACCAUUUUGGCAGCCUUGGUCGCCCCGCAGUCCCGAGGGACUGUCAAGAUUGCUUCAAAUGAUGCAUCCGUCCCCCCUCUGAUCGACCCAGGAUGGCUUACUGACCCCGUCGAUCAAAGGAUCGCUGUUGAAGCUUUCAAGCGGACCAGGGAAUUCUUCUCAGCUCAAGCCAUGCAACCUAUCCUUGAUGGCCAGGAGUACGUACCAGGUCCUUCAGUCAGCAGUGAUGAUCAAAUUCUUGAUUGGAUCAAGAACAAUCUAAUGACGGUAUGGCAUGCUGCUUGUACUUGUUCCAUGAGAACCAAAGAGCAGGGCGGAGUGCUUGAUUCCCAUUUCAGGGUAUACGGCACCAAGAAACUUCGUGUUGUAGAUGCCUCAGCUUUUCCUUCGCUACCACCAGGCCACCCCCAGUCCACGGUAUACAUGAUCGCUGAACGUGCUGCCUGUUUGAUAAAAAAGGGAAAAUGUUAG